CUGCAUACGAUCCCACCCACCCCCCCCCCUAGAUUUUUUCCUUAUAUCUCUCUCUCUGAGUCCUCUCACCCCUUUUGUCGGUGCCAUCAGAUCUUGUAGAAUACAAGCUCUGUGGCGCUCCAACUGUUGCUCUUUCUUCAUCUUGCUUCCCAUUCUCCUUCGAAACCGAGUUAAAAUACAAAAGGGUAUAAUUUUAUUUUGUGGUUUUGCAUUUGAAUUGGAAAAUGUUAAAGCUUUAUGUGUUUGGUGCUUUAUGGUGGUAGUUGGUGGGCUGCCUUGUUGGUAUUGUUAUUCAGUGAGUAAGGUUUUGGGAGGAUUGCAAUCAGAAUUGGAGGAGUGCAUGAGGGAUUUGGUCUUGUGGGUUCUAUGCUGGGUGAAGUUGGGAUUGAGAACAAGGUGGGAUUGUGGGCUUGUGAUAAGGAGCAGGGGAAGGUGGGGCAAAUGUGGCUGAGUCCUUGUGGGAUUUGAGGACCUGGUUUCUUUCUAUUUUUGCUUGAUCUUAGCUGGGUAAGAGCUUUUUGGCUUACUUUUUCGAGUUUUCGAGAUUUCGAGUUCAGGGUUUGACACAGAAAUGCAGCAGGAGCACACCAAGAAGAAUCAAACAGAGAUGGACUUCUUCUCGGAUUAUGGUGAUGCCAAUCGGUACAAAAUUCAGGAAGUUAUUGGGAAAGGAAGCUAUGGUGUUGUUUGCUCAGCAAUAGACACACAUACAGGUGAAAAAGUGGCAAUAAAAAAAAUACACGACAUUUUUGAGCAUAUAUCUGAUGCCGCUCGUAUUCUUCGUGAGAUAAAGCUUCUCAGACUUCUACGACAUCCCGACAUUGUUGAAAUUAAGCACAUUAUGCUGCCACCUUCUCGAAGAGACUUUAAAGAUAUCUAUGUUGUUUUUGAGCUCAUGGAAUCAGAUCUUCAUCAAGUUAUCAAAGCCAAUGAUGACCUGACACGAGAACACUAUCAGUUCUUUCUUUACCAGCUGCUUCGCGCGUUGAAGUAUAUUCACACAGCAAAUGUCUACCAUCGAGAUUUAAAACCGAAGAACAUAUUGGCAAAUGCGAAUUGUAAGCUUAAAAUUUGUGAUUUUGGGUUAGCGAGAGUUGCAUUCAAUGAUACGCCUACGACAAUAUUUUGGACAGACUAUGUUGCAACGAGAUGGUAUAGAGCUCCAGAGCUUUGCGGAUCCUUUUUCUCUAAGUAUACCCCUGCGAUUGAUAUAUGGAGUAUAGGCUGCAUCUUUGCUGAGGUAUUAACAGGAAAGCCACUUUUUCCUGGAAAGAAUGUUGUUCACCAGCUGGAUUUGAUGACUGAUCUUCUUGGGACACCAUCAUUAGAUACCAUAUCCCGGGUUCGAAAUGAAAAGGCAAGGAAAUACUUAACCAGUAUGAGGAAAAAACAACCUGUGUGUUUUGCACAAAAAUUUCCAAAUGCUGAUCCUUUAGCACUACGACUUCUGGAAAGAUUGCUUGCCUUUGAUCCCAAGGACCGGCCAACUGCCGAACAGGCACUUGCCGAUCCUUAUUUUAAGGGACUGUCGAGAAUUGAGAGGGAACCUUCGUGCCAACCAAUUACAAAGAUGGAAUUUGAAUUUGAAAGGCGAAGAGUUACAAAGGAAGACAUACGGGAGCUAAUUUUUCGGGAGAUAUUGGAGUACCAUCCUCAGUUGCUAAAAGACUACAUAAAUGGAACUGAGAGAACUAAUUUUCUCUAUCCAAGUGCUGUGGAUCAAUUUAGAAAGCAGUUUGCGCACCUUGAGGAGAAUGGGGGUAAAAGUGGUCCAGUUAUUCCACUUGAACGAAAGCACGUGUCGCUUCCUAGGUCCACAAUUGUACAUUCAAAUACGGUCCCUCCCAAAGAGCAACCAAAUUAUGCAUUUUUGAAAGAUCAGAAAAAUGCCAAAGAGGCAUACAGGAAUUCAAGGGAUUCGGAAGCAAUUCACGUAAAUCUAUCAAGAACCAUGCAAACACCACAAAGAAUUUCUUUGGCCAAACCAGGAAGAGUUGUUGGACCUGUUGCACAAUACGAUAAUAGAAACAUGAUGAAAGAUGACUAUGACCGGAGGACACUAGUUGGAGGUUCGGUACUUCUCCCUCAGGCUGCCCCUCCUGCUUAUUGUUACCGCAAGCCCAGUGCUGGAAAUCAGGAAAGAUCUGUGGUGGAAGUUGAUAGGGACAUGUCCUCACAAGCCAAGCAAGCUGCACAUUGUGGCAUGGCAACGAAAGUAGCACCAGAUGUAGCUAUCAGCAUUGACUCGAACCCAUUUUUUAUGACUCGGGUUGGAGUUCCUAAAGUGGAAAAUGAUGAUCGAAUUGCUAUUGACACCAACUACCUGCAGACAAAGGCUCCAUAUGGUGGGAUCGGCGCUGCUGCUGCCACUGCAGCAGCCCACCGUAAGGUUGGAACUGUUCAGUUUGGCAUGUCAAGGAUGUAUUAGGGAAGCAUAAUUACGAUACUUGGGUCAUGGAAAUGGUGCCGGAUGGAGAAAAAAUUUCAUACAGAAGAGGAAGAUGGAGCAGAGUUCAUGCGUGGGAGGGAGGUUCCGUCUUCAAAGGGAACGAAAAGAACUCCAAGGGAGGUUGUGAGGAAAACCACUAAGCGAGGCGGGUGCUUUCCUUUCAAGAGCCAACUUUCUCUGGUUAUGUUUAGAGACGAGUACAUUUAUCUUUCGUUGAAGAAACUGUCAGCAAAAAUUAUACAAUCAAAUUCAAAAACGAAACUCUCUUUGCCCUUUUACCUGAUGCUGAAUGAAACAAUUGUACAUGUAGUUUUUAUUCCA